CUCUGAUCUCUGUCAGUAUAGUAGCGCCUUGUGUUCAGAAGUGUGGCAUUUUCACUUGGUUUCCAAAUGUACCAAAUGACAAGUAAGGGCACUAUGAUCUUAGGUGGAUCCCUACUGUUAACGCUGAUUGCUGUCGGUUCAGGGCAACCAGCAACUGAAGUGAGAUUGGUUGGUGGUGCACAUAUCAUGGAGGGAAGAGGUGAGGUCUUUCAUAACGGCGAAUGGGGCACUGUUUGUGAUGAUGACUGGGAUUUGGAAGAAGCUGGUGUGGUUUGUAGAAUGCUUGGUUACAACUCAGAUUACGCAACUCCCUAUCUCGACGCGUAUUCCGGCGAAGGUACUGGUUCCAUUCUUAUGGGUAACGUUACAUGCUAUGGAUGGGAGACCUCUAUCAAAGAUUGCAUUCACGACGGUUGGCAGUCACACUACUGUGAUCAUUCUGAGAAUGCUGGUGUCAGCUGUUUUAAUCCAGGAUUGAUAAUGCUUGAUGGAGUAAGAUUGGUUGGUGGUUCUCAUCCCGGUGAGGGGAGGAUUGAGGUCCUCCAACACAGACCAUGGGGCACUGAAUGGGGCACUGUCUGUAAUGACGACUGGGAUGACAUCGAUGCUGCAGUGGUCUGUAGAAUGCUUGGUUACGGCGACGAUGGCGCCAUUGCAUUCAGCAGUGCUACGUUUGGAAGAGGUAAUGGAAGUCUUAUAGAAAACGUGGAUUGUAUCGGCAGUGAAGGUUCUCUGGAAGAAUGUUUCUACACGUGGGGAACGUACAACUGUACGAGCACGGAAGAUGCCGGUGUCAGGUGUUUGGCGGGGGAACCGACGACACCAUCAAUACCAACAACUGCUUCUGUACCUAUUGAAGUGAGAUUGGUUGGUAGUGCACGUGUCAAGGAGGGAAGAGUUGAGGUCUUCCAUAACGGCGAAUGGGGCACUGUCUGUGAUGACAGCUGGGAUAACAACGAUGCUCGUGUGGUCUGCAGAAUGCUUGAUGGAGUCAGAUUGGUUGGCGGUACUCAUCCCGGUGAGGGGAGAGUUGAGGUUCUCCUACACAGUCCAUGGGUCACUGAAUGGGUCACUGUCUGUGAUGACGACUGGGAUGACAUCGGUGCUGCAGUGGUUUGUAGAAUGCUUGGUUACGGGUGA